AUGGCGCCCCAAAAGCGGAAGCGGAAAUUCGAGGACUUCGAUGAUCAGAACGUCUACAUAGAGUACCGCAAGAAGAGGCAAGGUGUGGACGGAAGGAGUAGAGAUGGUAAAAAGGUGAUUUCGGCGGCUACCAGGACCUGGGAAGGUCUGUCAGCCGAGCAGCGAUCAACAGAAGCGAAUAGGAUUAGAGCUGCGGUGGCCGAGGGCAAGAAAUUGGCGGACAUUGAGGAUGUGGAAUUCUCCAAUGCAGAUGGCGCUGCUAGCCCAACAGGCAAGCGAACAGACGAUGGAGCGGCCCUAGAAAGCACAGAUGAAAUGCUACAAGCAGUUCCUGCAGUGCCAGGAGGUAUAGAGAAUGGCUCCGCUGGCAACAACCAGCCCUCCGACCCUACAGUUUCCCAAAGCUUUGAUACAAGUCAGCCUCCCAUAGCUCAAAACACAACCGCAAUCGUCAACAACGCCGUCUCCGGCGAGACACAGGAAGCUCAGCAGCUACGGGCACCUCUUACAUUCAUCUCACUGAAGAAUCGUUGGACGGAUAUUGCGAAAGACGACGCUGUUACCACAAAUAAGCCUGGGAACGCAGGGAAGGAGCCCAGGAGAAAAGUUGCUGCAGCCAAUCCUCCAGUCUCAGAUGAUCGCACAUGGGUCGGGCAGAGGUAUCUAGGCGGUGGUGGUUACGGGACGGCUCAUGCAUACUUUGCUUUGGACAACAACGGGAACAUCAUGGCACGGAUUGUGGUGAAGGACAGUUGGAUCACGUCUUCGCAUUGGUCGAGUUUUUGGUUCUGGCACAAAGAUCCAGAAAACUCUGACGACCGUAUUCCAGUCGAAGUCCAGGCGAUGCUCAACAUGAAAGACAAGGCAGGAAGCGAUGGCGUGGUGCAACACCUUUUCCAUGAGGUCUACCGCGAAAGAAUGGCGUAUCGCGUCAUCAUGAGUUAUUGUGGCCAUGGAAACUUGUUCGAGAGUACAUGUCAUUACGCCGACUCCAAAAUUAAGCCUAAACCCUUCCCGCCAGAACCAUUUGUCUGGGCUGUCUUUGAUGCCUUGGCCGAUGUCUGUCUCCUUUUGGAGUUCGGCAGUACCGAUGAGGCCAAGGCAGUAGAGAACUGGAAGCAAAUCGUGCAUCGCGACUUCAAGACCGAGAAUGUCUUCCUGGAUAGCCCAAGUGAUAAGGCAUUCGUCAUGUAUCCCAAACCUGUUCUAGGCGACUUUGGUUUAUGUAUUCUCACGCAUGCAGAGAAUGAUCGCGAAAAUCCAUUGUCGUACAGCGAUGCACAAGGAACAGAAGGCUGGCAAGCUCCAGAGCAGCUGCCAAUGAUGUCGACAACAACGUUCGAACCACGUCGAGUUGGCAAACUUCUCUCCUGGACGAAUGUAUGGGCUGCUGGUGCCAUCGUCGCGCGUCUCAUGGAUAGAGUGAAGGAUCCCUCGACUCCGAAGUACACCAAAGGCAAGGAUAGCCAAUUCGAAUGGUUGAAGAAAGCUACGAGAGACCACUACUCGCAAGAGCUUCAGAAUCUUAUGAAGCGAUGUGUGGCAUACGAGCCUGGAGAGAGGAUCACGGCGAGAGAGCUGAAGAAGGAGAUCUUGAAGUACACCAGCGGUGGUGAAGAGGAUCGCGCUAAAGAAUAUCGCAACACCUCCCCUGGGACCUUCCCAACAGAGGAUCAGUUGAUGUACGAGAAAGACCAAUAUGCCAUAGGCCUGUCAUUGCCCAAAUGA